AUGGGAAAUGCCCAGUCUUUGACUCGCACCAGCGGUGCUUUGGACUCAUUUGUGGCCGAGUUGGGAGGCGAUAUGGUGUACGAGGGAAGUUUGGGGUCGGCACGAUUUCUUAAAACCGUGAAGUGUCGGCACAAGAAUGGCUACCUAGUGGUCAAGAUAUUCGUCAAGCCGGACCCGGGACUCAGCUUGAGGAAGUACCACAGACGACUGAAAGUUGAGCGCGAGGCUCUUUCGGACAUUGCCAAUGUUUACAAUUACCAAAACUUUGCGGAGACCGACAAGGCCGGAUAUGUAAUCCGCCAGUGGGUUGCUAGCAGCUUAUAUGAUCGUAUCAGCACUCGCCCGUUCUUGAGCAUGAUUGAGAAGAAAUGGAUAGCAUUUCAGCUUCUGAAUGCCCUCCAUGACACACGAAACAGGAAAAUCUCACAUGGUGAUAUCAAGUCGGAGAAUAUUCUUGUAACGUCAUGGAACUGGGUCUACCUCUCCGACUUUGCUUCCUACAAGCCUACAUAUCUUCCUCUAGACGACCCUUCGGACUUCUCAUUCUUCUUCGAUACAUCUGGCCGCCGGACGUGCUAUAUAGCUCCGGAGAGAUUUUAUACCGCCGCGAACAACCCAGACAUCAGCGCGAAGAAGUCGCGACUUGCUCUGGAGGAUGGCGAGGGUAGGAGGGAUGGCAAGGUUACUGAAGCUAUGGAUUGCUUCAGUGCGGGAUGUGUCGUCGCCGAACUCUUUUUGGAGGGUGCACCGUUGUUCACCCUCAGCCAGCUGUUCAAAUACCGCGAAGGAGAGUUCAGCGUCGACUCCCAGUUGAGUACGAUUGAUGAAGGUGUCAGGAACUUGAUCAAGCAAAUGAUCGCAGUGGAUCCGUCUUCAAGACCCACAUUUGAUACUCUUCUGCACACGUCCCGGGGAACUGUCUUUCCUGAGUCCUUUUACUCCUUCCUUCACAAUUACGUCUCAUCUGUGAAUGAGACGCAUACCCCUCUUGCCUCCGCAAUGUCGCCGGUCAACCCCGCGUACCCCAGCACCCUUUCCACCACGACCUCAGCUAUCAAGCCACCAUCGACACAACCUCCUCCUGGAGUCGUCGUCAGUGAUCAGUCUAACGACCCCCUACCCAGUGACUCCGAUCACAGAAUGGACCGCAUUUGGGCUGACUUCGAAAGUGUGGAACCAUAUCUUGCAUCUGAUUCCGGCGAAGACACAAUGACGGACGUGAAGGUCGAUUACACGUCAUCUGUAGUAUCAUCAAAACCAUUUCAGGAUGUGCUCCCGGUAGAGCUGUACAUUCCAAAUCGGGAGAGUAAACUUCGCAGUGCCUGGUCUGCAGGGAAGCGCGCCGCUUCCGAAGAUGGUCCAGCUCUCAUUAUUCUCGCGCUUGUAUGCGCCAACAUCCGCAAUUGCUACCUGCCGAGCUCCAAAGUCCGCGCGCUAGACGUCUUCCUUGCGCUUUCAUCCCAUCUCACCGACGAGGCCAAACUUGAUCGGAUGGUCCCGUACAUCGUAGAUCUUCUUCAUGAUGAUGCCGCUGUCGUGCGCUCUGCAGCACUUCGUACGCUGAUGCAGAUACUGAUGCUGGUGACCGUGAUCACUCCGUCUAAUGCAGCAAUCUUUCCGGAGUACAUCAUCCCUGUAAUCGCGCAUCUCGUCCGCGAUCCUGAGGUGUCUGUGCGAUGCAUGUAUUCGCAGUGCAUCGUAGCGCUUGCAGACACCGCCGUUCGAUAUCUGGAGAUGGGUCAGGCAUUGAAAGCCCAUGGCACGUAUAAUUUAUCAGCCGAUGCACAAGAAUACGAUGAGGCGCACUUCGAGGUAUCCUACGAUGCAAGCAUGCAGGAUCUCCAGAAUAGUGUCCAAGAGCAUCUUGCGACGUUGUUGGUCGACCCUUCCAGUGUGGUCAAACGCGCAGUACUGCACAACAUCUCUUCGCUCUGUAUCUUUCUGGGAAGACAGAAGACCAACGAUGUCCUACUGAGCCACAUGAUCACCUACCUCAACGACCGUGACUGGCUACUCCGCUACGCGUUCUUUGACAGUAUCGUCGACGUAGCCGCUUGUGCUGGUGGAAGAAGUUUGGAAGACUACAUUCUUCCCCUUAUGAUUCAAGCUUUAUCCGACGUUGAAGAGAGCGUGGUUGCGAAAGUGCUCGCCUCACUCACAAGUUUGUGUGAGCUCGGCCUGUUCCAGAAGAUCAAGAUCUGGGAGCUCAUGAGUGCCACGCUUGGCUUUUUGUACCAUCCCAACAUCUGGAUUCGACAAGCCGCCACCGCUUUCAUCGCUUCUGCUGCGAAACAUCUGCCCCCUAGUGACGUUUGGUGCAUACUAUAUCCAUCUCUCAAGCACUUCUUGCGAUCAGAUAUUCGUGACGUUGACGAGCAAAGCCUGUUGACUUCCUUGAAGCCUCCGGUACGUAUUGUGUUCGUACUCGAUUUCCUGUUAAACGCUGUAGUCAUUGCAUUCUGUUAG